AAAGUAGUAAAAGAAGGCAGUGCGUCAUGGAGAAAAAGAAGAAGGGAGAUGGGAAAUCACGUGAGGGAGAUGGGGGGUAAGUGGGCCCAGUAUGAUUAACAGCCGUGGACUCAGAUUCAAUUCAUCGCCUUCUCCGCCCAUUAACACGAACCCCUUCCUCUUAUUUAAUGGAAGUUUGUUUCUCCCAUCUAUUCUCCUUAUACUUGCAAAUACACACAACCUUUUUCCAUAUAUUCACUCCCAAAACCCUACUUCACUCCCAUGGCUGAUACUCAACCAUCGCCCCCUGCACAAUCGGUGGUUGUUGAUGAGAAGAAGCUCAAGUAUUUGGAUUUCGUGCAAGUGGCGGCUAUCUACGUCGUCGUUUCGUUUACGACGCUCUAUGAAUAUGCUAAAGGGAACUCCGGUCCGUUGAAGCCUGGCGUUCAAACCGUUGAAGGCACUGUCAAAACUGUCAUCGGACCGGUUUACGAUAAGUUCCACAACGUUCCGUUGGAGCUUCUCACUUUCGUUGAUCGCAAGGUAGGUGAGGUUUUGAGUGAGUUGGAUCGGCACGUGCCGUCGCUGAUCAAGCAGGCAUCGAGCCAGGCUCGAUCCGUGGCUUCAGAGAUCAAGCGAGCCGGCCUGGUGGAGACGGCUACAAACGCGGCUAAAUCAGCUUACGUCAAGUACGAGCCGGUCGCCGAGGAGUAUUACUACAAGUACGAGCCGGUGGCUGAGAAGUAUGUUGUGGUGGCUUGGACUUCGCUGAACAGGCUUCCUCUGUUUCCUCAAUUGGCUCACAUUUUGGUCCCAACGGCGUCGUACUGGGCUGAGCGGUACAACCAGAGCGUCGGUUAUUUUGUGUCGAAAGGCUAUGCGGUGUCGUUUUACUUGCCGUUGGUUCCGAUUGACAGGAUUGCUAAGGUGUUCAAGACGAGUGAGAAUGGGCAUAGUUUGAGGAAUGGAGAUGCUGAUGUGGUGAUGAGCCAGUGAGAAUGAGUAUGGGUAGCCGGGUCAGGUCAUGAAUGAUGUUAGGAUGUUGAUAUAUAGUGGGAUGAUGUGGUUUUAAUAGCUAGCUAAGUGUUUUACUGCACUGUAACUUUGGUCCGAUCCUCUAUGAAAAAUCUUACCGUAAUAGGUUUUGCUUCAUCUUAAAA